AUGCCGCGUGUUGUGGUGAUCACGAUCGCGUUCAUCUCGGGGCUCUUCGUUGUCAUGGCUCUGGCUGGCUACACGGCCGGUGGUUGUCAGUUGUCAGGCAACAUCCUCUACUCGAUCGUGAACACGUCGGACCCGCUUGGUUUGGCUCCUCUCGGCUUCAGCGCCGACCGCGGCGCCGUGGUCAUGGCGUACUUGUUCAUGCAGAUCCACAUUUCCAUGGCCUUCUCGACGCUCAUGAUGCCGCCGUUCUUCAUGGCCGAGCGGCUGAUCCUCGGCAUGCACAAGAGCCCUAACGUGGUUCAAUUCAACGGAGAGUUGCUGGACCAGAUGAACACCGAGAUGGAUAUCGAGACGCAGGAGAAGCGCUCGUAUCUCCAGAGCUCGACGAAGGAGAAGCGCUCGUAUCUCCAGAACUCGACGCCUGCGGACGGGACGCACUCCCGUCAAGCGUCGGCUGCGAGUCUGGUCGAGAAAGAGUCGGGACGGAUGUCGCACCUGCGGGUUGCGCUCGAGUUCGGCGGCAUGACAGCCGAAGAAGUGAACGCGCCGUAUCGCAAGAACCCGCUGCGCUACGUGGCUCUGCGUCUCACGAUCGUCGCCAUUCUGGUGCUCAUUGCUGUGCUCGCUCGCAGGCGUUUUAUCGACCUCCAGGACUUCACGGGUGCCACUGCCCACACGACGAGCUGUUUGCUCUUGCCAGUGAUCAUCUCCUUGCGGGUGUACUGGAAGUCCAUGUCCGUUUGGGACAAGGGGGCGUCCGUGGUCGUCAUUGUCGUCUGCGCCUUUGCGGGCACGUACGUGAUGAUUGACGCGGGCAAGCACCUGUUUACGCCGUCGGGCGAUGACACGCUGUUUCCGUACUGUAAACCGGAGUUCCAGGACGAACCGUACUACAUCCGAAACAGUAGCAGCAACUAA